UUUUUGUUUCGGACUCUUAAAUACACUAUUUAAGUAGAGAAUUUUGAGGGUUGAGACUAGGAAGAUAAAUUUCUUAACAGAGGCAUUGAACAACAAGCAACAAUGGCACUGCUUCCAGCGGAUGAUCAAGAUGAAUACACUCUGGAAACAAGAGAUAUUUCGCCGGCGCACUUGCUGACCAAAAUCGAGUCUUUUUCAAUGCUAUGGAAGCAUGAGAUUAAGACAUUAGAAUCUUCAGAAUUUGAGUCCGGAGGCUACAAAUGGAAAGUGAGAAUGAAUUUUGAUAAGAGUGGCGACAUUUCUGCAAACUUGUGUAUGGUAGGAACAAGCUCUCUACCUAGAGGCUGGGAGGUUAAUGCCAUUUUCAACUUGUUUCUCUACAAUCACAUCUCAGAUAACUAUCUUUGUUUUCGAGGAAAAGCACGGCGCUUUCAUGCUAUAAAUCCUGAAUGCGGAUUUUCCAAGUUGAUCACUAAGGAAAGUAUGACCAAUGGAUACCUUUUUAAGGACAAGUGUGUGUUUGGUGCUGAAGUUUUUGUGAUGAAAAAGGCACCACUCAUUCAGAAUGUGUGUGUGCAUAAUGUGUCAAAUCCAUAUAAGCACGAAUGGAAGAUUUCACAAUUCUCCAAACUCCAAGGAAUUUGGAAGUCUGAAGAGUUCUCUACUGGAGGAUACAAAUGGAAUAUUAGGAUAUAUCCUAAUGGAGAUGGAAGGGCAUGCGGCCGUUAUGUCUCCGUCUUUUUGUACUGUGUUGAUUCAAAGAGUUUUGGUUGUGGUAAAAAACUGAAUGCAAGCUGCCACUUUACAUUCAAAAACAUGCUCAAUGCUACAAAAGACCACUCUAUGGAAGUAAACCACUGGUUCACAUGUUCUAGUUCAGAUUGGGGAUUUGCUGAAUUUAAAGCAAUUGAUGAAAUGCGGGACAACAGCAAAGGCUUCGUUGUUGAUGACUGCUGCACUCUGCAAAUACAACUCUCUGUAAAAGCUAUACAAGAAGCAGCUACCACAAAUAAUAUUAUAUGACCAAAUGCCCACUUUGUUUACUAAAAUUUGUUUUUGCGACCAAAUAGGAAUAUCAAUAUUCAAGUUUCUUUGGACGGUUGGUUUCUUUGCACUCUAAGUAUUCUUUAUAUAUUAUGUUUGGUUUAUAAAUUUCAAUGUAUACUGUAGUAUUUCA